UGUUUUUUAAGCAGCUCGCGAAGCGAAACGUAAUAAGGUGUCAAUUUUCAGUGCUAGGCUGAUCGAGCCACUACAUACCACCUGGAAGUGGCUAAUAGUACAUCGAAUUGUAUAAGCGACAAGAUAUUGUUCAGUGGUAGAUAUAUAUUGUAUAUGGCUACGGAAAAACUUGGUAACGGCACGGAUUUCCCGCAUCCUCCACCGCGAUUUCCUUCUAAACCCCGUUUACCAAAUAACCAUAUGGACAACGGUAAUCGAGCGUCUUCGGUGGCGACACUGAGCUCAGUGACCUCCAAAAAAUUUGAUGCCCUUUCUACGACAACCGGACAUAGUUCUAUCUCACGAUUAAAACUCGCACUGGGACGUUGUUCCGAUGAUCCGCGAACAGUCAAAGGACGUCGUUCGCAGCUAGCUAAAAUCCUGUUGUUGGCCGGUAUUCCCAUUGUUAUUCUGUUAAUACAAACCGGUUUCGCUGUGAAAUCGGCGCUGACCGAACAACAAGCGGCUAGUGCAUUUCGUAAGGAGGUGGAAUUUGCGAUUCAAGCGGGCGCAGUUGUGCAUGCACUGGGACUGGAAAGAGGCACAACGACGUUUUACUGCGGGAUGAUGAUUGACCGAUUACUCGCUCCAGUGUUGGUCAGGAGGAAAAUGGUCGACGAUGCGCUUAAUAAAAUGACCUUGUGGCCAACAACCGGACGACCGGACGAUUUUUAUGCGACAAAACAGGAUAUGAUCUUACAGAUCGUGCUGAAUCGGAUAUUCGUUAAUUCGUCCACUCCGGAUGCCCAGCUCACCUUCUUCACCGACAUGGUAGCGGGGCUUCUAAAUUGGAUCGGAUCGGCUGUUGUCCAGUCGCAAUCGCAGGACCAACCAUGGCAGGAAUUAGUUGGUUAUCACUUAUUCAUAUCGGCAAAGGAAGGCUUCGCUGCAGAAAGGUCAUCUGGAACUAUUUACUAUUCCAAAGGAAACAUGACGACGGACGAAUAUAUUUGGCACCUGGACAAACGAUCACAGGGUCAAGUUCUGCUGAAUAAAAGCCUACAGUAUGAUGCCUAUAUUUCUAAAAUGCUUGAACAACGCUGGUAUUCUUCGGGAUUAAGAAGGAAUAUAACGGCACAACGGCAGCUGAUUAACGAAAACAAUGGCUAUGUUGACAUUGACCUCGGACUGUUCUACUAUGCACAAAUGACCAAUUUCCAGAACAUAUUAUACGAUAUUGAGACAAAUCUGACAGCCAGUAUUACCAAUAAUUUGAGUACAGCAGUGAAUGACUCCAAUAUUUCCCUGUGGAUUCAGAUAUUUGUCGUCAUCGUUGCUGCCAUCUUGUUUCCCAGUGUGAUCAUACUAUUAAACCAUAUUACCUCGCAGAUACACGGUUUUGCACAAAUACUGCAAACAAAAAACGAGGAAGUUAUGCGGGAAAAGAAGCGUACCGAAACUGUGUUGAAUCAGCUCAUGCCGCGACAAAUUGCCGAGAAGAUAAAAAUGGGACAGCCUAUAUAUCCGGAAUCAUUUGAUCAAGUCACAAUAUUCUUUAGUGAUAUUGUAUCGUUUACGGAUUUAAGUGCCGCUUCGACGCCGUUGCAAGUCGUGGAUACCUUAAAUAAGUUGUACACAAUUAUGGACAACAGAAUCGAAGCGUACGAUGUAUAUAAAGUCGAAACAAUAGGUGACGCUUAUUUAUGCGUAUCCGGACUUCCGGAGAGAAAUGGAAACAAACAUUCCUUUGAGAUAGCAUCCAUGGCUUUAGAGCUAAUACCGGAUGUGAGCGGAAUCGUGCUUCCUCAUAAGCCAGAGUAUCGGCUCAGAAUAAGAAUUGGUAUUCACACUGGACCAUGCGUUGCCGGGGUCAUCGGUAACAAAAUGCCCAGAUACUGCGUGUUCGGAGAUACAGUAAAUACUGCAAGCCGCAUGGAGUCCAAUGGAGAAGGGCUGAGAAUUCACUGCAGCCAGUCAUCGUACGACGCUAUAACAUUUUUCGGUGUAUUUGAACUGGAGAAACGCGGUGAAAUUCCGAUAAAAGGCAAAGGCUUGAUGACCACAUACUGGCUGGUCGGCCGGAAAGAAACAAAAAGGAAACUUUUCGGACCGGAGGUCCAAGACAAACCUUCGAACGUUUAAUGUAAAAGAGUAGACUGCUUGCCACUGUUCGUGGUUCUGUAAACGGUACUUAUUUUAUGAUAACUUAAAUUAUUUACCAAUGUAAAUUCGAUAUUGCAGCUAAUGAGCGCUUCUGCACUUGUAUAAUCGUCAUAAAAUCUUCUGCUGAAACCGGUUCCAUGUUUAAGAGAUUCCUUCUCAAAUGCUGUGAUACUGUUAAAUUCUUCAUUUAUUAACGCCUUGCCGGGUUUGGCUCU